AUGUCAGACAAACAGAAGGUUGAUCUCGGUCUCCUGGAGGAGGACGAUGAGUUUGAAGAGUUUCCAGCUGAACACUGGGGUACAGAGGAUGCUGUUGACGAGGACGUGUCCGUGUGGGAGGAUAACUGGGAGGAUGAUGUGGUCCAGGAUGACUUUAGUCAGCAGUUGAGACAACAGUUGGAGAAGCUCAGGGAACAGAAUAAAUAA